ACGCGAGACAGCGCCGACACCAUGCCUGCGAAAGGUGCACUCGUUGGCAGCCUGCUGCUCGCAAUUUCUCUGGUCUCCGCGCUUGAGCUUCCGCUGCCAAAACCUGGCGAGGGAAACGUGCGACAAGUGCACGCGAUCUUCCGGCAUGGAGAACGCACACCAGCAGAUACAUAUCCUAAAGAUCCGCACAUUAAUCAAGCCUUCAGUCCUGUUGGUUGGGGCCAGCUAACCAUUAAUGGUAAGCGUCAGGUGUACGCCCAAGGCCAGUGGCUGCGAGAUCAUUACCAUAAUUUGGUCGGCGACGACUAUGGCGCCGCUCAUGCCCAAAGCACGGACGUGGACAGGUCGCUGAUGACCGCCCAACUGGUGCUCGCGGCCAUGUUCCCUCCAGCCACCUACCAGGAGUUUGCACCUGGACUCAGGUGGCAGCCGGUGCCCGUCCACACCACCCCGCUCAAAUACGACAAUCUUUUGCUGGUGCGAGAACCAUGCCCGAGAUAUUACGAGGAGCGCGACAGGGUCAAGGCAGGUGCGCCUAACACCGAGCUGCUGCAGAAGAACAAGGAACUGUUGGACAAGUGGACGGAGCUGACUGGCCUCAAGGUGGACAACCUGGACGAAGUGCAGAGUCUCUACAGCACUCUUGUAGCAGAGACACGCUACAAUUUGACCCUGCCGGAGUGGACAAAGGCAUAUUUCCCAGAUGCCUUCAUCAACAUGACCAGCUACAGUUUCCUGAUUAAUGUGCAAACUCCUCUUUUGCUCAGGCUUAAAGCUGGGCCCCUGGUAAACAAGGUUUUGGCUGAUUUUGAGAAGGAGGCAGCUGCCCGACAGAAAGUGAAACUUUACCUUUACUCUGGUCACGACUCCACUGUCGCCAACAUCCUGGCAGCUUUUGGCCUCUACAAGGCCCCCUACAUCCCUGGCUACAGCGCCCUGGUCCUGCUCGAGCUUGUCGAGCCAACGCCUGGUCACUUUGCCGUCAGAGUUUUCCGAAGAACUGAAGAGAAGCCAGAGCCAGAGCCGCUGAAAAUCCAAGGCUGUGACUUUGAGUGUCCGUUGGAGAAAUUCCGUGAGCUGACGGAGCCCAUUCGUCCCGUAAAUUGGUACGAAGAGUGCAAAGCCGUGAGCAAGGACUUCGUGCCACCCCCUCCACCUCCCCCUUAAAAUACUCAGGAUUCCAAAUCGCUGCCAUAUUUUUUUAUGAAAUAUGAUAAUAAUACUCAGAGAAACGAAUCUAUAAAAUUUAAUGUCUCAGCAAUAAAAAAAUUCGUUAUA